AUGUCUCAAGCGCUCGGAGCUUACAGAAACGGGUUGAGAGCCGCCCGCGUUGCUUUUAAAGGAGACUUGCGCAUGCUAAUGGCAGCAAGACAACAGAUGAGAGAAAGCAUGGUCAAUCCACCAAAUCCAGAGCUUCCACCUGAUCAACAGAUCAAGCUUAUGAACGAUGUUGCACAGUUUCUAAGACAAAAUGUCGUUCAAGGUAAGAGGACUAAGGAUGACAAAUAUCACUUGAACAUCCAUAAGGACACUGAAUUGGGUGACAACGAAACUAUCAAGACUACUAAAAAGACACUGGCGGCCCAAGGUGGCGGUUGUUGUGGUGGUGGUGCUGGCUUGUACAAAUAG